GGGUGGAGAAAUGCCCGCGCGGAAGUCUCCGCCCCCAGCCUGGGGCGCCGGUGGUCGCCGCCGCCGGGAACGUCGCCAUGGCAACCGCACCGCAGGCUAGAGGGGUGGAGUAGGGGGCGGGGAAAUGCGAGCGCGAAAGUCCCCGCCCCCGGGCUGCUGGGCGGCGGCGACCCAGCGGCCGGCAAGGAUUUGAAACCGUUUGGCAGGGGCGGCGGUGGCGGUGGCGGCGGCGUUGGCGGCAGCGGCCGAGCGGAAAGCUUGCGUGUGGUGGUGCCAGAUUGGAUUAUGGAAGUGGGAAGUGAAGAAGAAAAAUGGGAGAAGCUGGAUGCAGAAUUUGAUCACUUUGUGGUUGAUAUGAAGCCCUUUGUUUUAAAAUUACCUCAUAGGACAGAACGGCAGAGGUGUGCUCUUUGGAUUAGAAAGCUGUGCGAACCUUCAGGAACAGGUGCAGGAAUAAUGGGGAGGAAGAAUCGGAACCUGUAUGCAAAAUUGUUAUUGCAUAUGCUUAAACGAGGUGCGCUUGAAGGCCCUUUUACACACCGACCUGAACCCGGGACACUAAAAAUUCUACCUUCAUACAUGUCCAUCUAUUUUGAUGAACCAAAUCCAGCACGAGCAAAAGGUUCAAGCCCAGAGGGAUUACCAGCCUGGGUACUGGGUGAGCUGGAGACAAGUGAACACAAAUUAAAUGAAUCAUGGAAACUCUCUUCUGGAGAAGAUAACACUUUGGUACAGUCGCCAACUGAUGUCUACAGCAGGGAACAGUACACUGGGAAGCUCCGAGUGAGAUCACACUCCUUGAGUCCAACUCACAGAGAAGAUGGACAAAAUAUUACCCCAAAGAUUUGUGAAGUUUAUUCGAAAAAAUCUCCUGUUUCUUUGGAUGAUAGUGACAUUGAAGCUCGCCUUAAUAGUUGGAAUCUUGGGAUAGAAAAUCCUCGAUACCUGAGACAGAAGCCUAUCCCAGUUUCUCUGGUAUGUGAGAAAUCCAUUGGACUUUUUCUAGAGAUGACACCGAAACUCAGCCUGAGAAAAUCCAGCAGUUUCCAUGAUGAUCAUUUUCUCUCUCGAAUACGUGAGAAAGAGCUGGACAUGAAAACAAAAAUGAUGGAAGCUAAAUUUCAUGAAGAAAAGCUUAAACUGCAACAGAAACAUGAUGCUGACGUUCAGAAGAUUUUAGAAAGAAAGAAUAAUGAAAUAGAAGAACUGAAAACUUUAUACAGGAGUAAACAACAUGAAACUGAAGAGACUAUUAGAAAGCUUGAAAAGAAAGUUCAGACACUGAUACGUGACUGUCAGGUUAUCAGAGAGACUAAAGAAGACCAGAUUGCAGAGCUAAAAAAGAUAUGUGAACAAAGUACGGAAUCUCUUAAUAAUGACUGGGAAAAAAAGCUUCACAAUGCUGUAGCAGAAAUGGAACAGGAAAAGUUUGAUCUUCAAAAGCAACACACUGAAAACAUUCAAGAAUUGCUUGAGGAUACAAAUGUGCGUCUGAAUAAAAUGGAGAGUGAAUACAUGGCGCAAACACAGUCCACAAACCACAUGAUCAAAGAACUGGAGGCCCGUGUCCAGCAGCUGACUGGAGAAGCAGAGAACAGUAAUUUACAGAGACAGAAAUUAAUUCAAGAAAAAGCAGAACUUGAAAGAUGUUACCAGAUAACGUGUAGUGAAUUACAAGAAGUAAAGGCAAGGCGUAACACACUGCAUAAAGAGAAGGACCAUCUUGUAAAUGAUUAUGAGCAAAACAUGAAACUGUUACAAACCAAAUAUGAUGCUGAUAUAAACCUUCUAAAACAAGAACAUGCUCUUUCAGCUUCUAAGGCAUCUAGUAUGAUUGAAGAAUUAGAGCAGAAUGUCUGUCAAUUAAAACAGCAGUUACAGGAAUCAGAACUUCAAAGAAAGCAACAACUAAGGGAUCAAGAAAAUAAGUUUCAGAUGGAGAAAAGUCAUUUAAAACACAUCUAUGAAAAAAAGGCUCAUGACUUGCAGAGUGAACUUGAUAAAGGAAAAGAAGAUACUCAAAAGAAAAUUCAUAAAUUUGAGGAAGCUUUGAAGGAAAAAGAGGAGCAGCUAACUCGUGUGACUGAAGUUCAGAGGUUGCAGGCCCAGCAGGCAGAUGCCGCUCUGGAAGAGUUUAAGCGGCAGGUGGAACUGAACUCAGAGAAAGUCUAUGCUGAAAUGAAAGAGCAGAUGGAAAAAGUGGAGGCAGAUCUAACUAGAUCCAAAUCUCUUCGUGAGAAACAAUCAAAGGAGUUUUUAUGGCAACUGGAGGACAUCAGACAGCGGUAUGAACAACAGAUAGUAGAGCUGAAGCUGGAGCACGAACAGGAGAAGACGCACCUAUUACAGCAGCAUAACGCAGAGAAGGAUAGCCUAGUCCGAGACCAUGAACGGGAAAUUGAAAACCUGGAAAAACAGCUUCGCGCUGCCAAUAUGGAGCACGAAAAUCAAAUUCAGGAGUUCAAGAAACGAGAUGCACAGGUUAUUGCCGACAUGGAGGCCCAGGUUCACAAGUUGAGAGAAGAAUUGAUCAAUGUGAACUCACAGCGGAAACAGCAGCUGGUAGAGCUUGGUCUUCUUCGUGAAGAGGAAAAGCAAAGGGCUACAAGGGAACAUGAGAUUGUCAUCAAUAAACUGAAGGCUGAAUCAGAAAAGAUGAAAAUAGAGCUGAAAAAGACUCAUGCUGCUGAGACAGAGAUGACACUGGAAAAGGCCAACAGCAAGCUGAAGCAGAUUGAGAAGGAAUACACUCAGAAGCUUGCCAAAUCUUCACAGAUCAUAGCAGAACUUCAGACAACCAUUUCCUCUCUGAAAGAAGAGAACAGCCAGCAGCAGCUUGCUGCAGAAAGGCGGCUCCAGGAUGUUAGACAAAAGUUUGAAGAUGAGAAGAAGCAGCUGAUUAGAGAUAAUGACCAAGCAAUCAAGAACAAUCCCGACUGAGCACCUGACCCUGGCUUCUCUUCAGGUUCCAGACUGAAUAGACACCUCUGCUUGGAUGAUCUUUUGGCCUCUAGAACUCAGCAUAUUUCCCCUCCAUCCUUAUUACUCCUGACUUAAAUUCGACUGAGAGUGUCAACUGACUUUUUCCCUUCUCGCUUACUACAUCACAUCAGUUGUUUCCUGGUUCUGUAUUACUCUUUUCCUUUUUGUUACCAUUACCCUAAUUCACUUUACACUUACUACUUCUCCCCUGGGCUCUUCCUGGGUCUCCUUGCUCCUUCUGCUCCACCUGCUGCUUGUAUUAUUACCAUUGCAAAUAAGUCAAUCCUGUAUCAUCAUUCAGGUCUAUUCAUACAGCUCCCCUACUCAAAAGCUUUCAACUGCUCCCCACUGCCUAACAGCUCCACUAGCCUGCCUACCCCUCAUCCUCCAUUGUACCUACAUGUGCCCUAAACAUCAUCUAGGGCAGACUAUUUUUUUCUGCCUAAAUAUACCAAUAUUUUCUUGUAUAUAAAUAUUUGGUAAUGCUAUUUUUACC